GGGGAUGUGGUCUAGCCCGCUCAGAGAGCUGAGGGACAAAGUGAGGAGCAGCCGGCUGAUUAAGAGCGACUUCCUUCCUCUUUCGGGACACUGACAUGGAGUUGAUGGGCUAUAAAUGCCAGCUAAAGGGUUCUUCACACAAACAGGCCCAUAAUCUGACGGGACGCACAUAAACUUAAAGGAAGAAAGCCGAGGGUCAAACAUGAAUCCUGUCCUGCAGUUGGCGGUCCUGCUGCUGCUCUCGCUGGUGAACAGAGUCGGCAGUAUAGCCCCGAGUGGGGGGUACUGCAUCGAUAACCAGUGUUUUGCUGUGUUCAGAGACCCGAGCGAUUUCAGCAGAGCGCAAAAUGAAUGUAGAGAUCAAGAGGGGCAACUAAUGACCGUGCGCUCAUCUGUAGCACACGAUGUUCUUUCUGUUCUGCUGGGAAACUUUACGGGGAGCUUCUGGAUCGGUUUACAUCGACCCCUCCGCUGCCCAGACCCCGUUGCCAGGCUGAGGGGCUACGAGUGGGUGACUAAAGACGACGAGAGUGACUUCUCAAACUGGCUGCCAGACUUUAACAUGAACUGCUCUUCUCAGCGCUGCGUCUCAGUUUCCCCAGAAUUGGACUUCAGGUGGAGCCAGAAACCGUGCCAGGAUCAGGCCGCCGGGUUUCUCUGUGAGUACACCAGUGUCGGCAUGUGCCAAAGUCAAGAGUCACCGGGAGAGACUGUCACGUACACCACUCCGUAUGGGUUUGUGGUCAGAGACUUGCUGCCUGCGCCUCCUGGAAGCAUCGCUCUCCGGAUGCCAUCUAAGACCAAAUAUCUGUGCUACGCAGAGAUGUGGCAGCCGGCGCCCUGGAACUGCGAGAUGGACGAAGGCGGGUGUGAGUAUAAAUGCACGGAGAGUCCUAACAAGAUGCCUUCGUGCUACUGCCCACCAGGAAAAACCCUGAAUCCUGCGAAUAAAGUGACCUGCGAGCAGCAGCUCGUGGGAGACCCGUGUCAGGCGCUGAGCUGCGAGCAGAUCUGCUACAUGAACGGAGACUCCUACGCGUGCACGUGUGAUCGUGGCUUUCAGCUGGCGGGUGACGGCAGGUCGUGCGUGGACUUCAAUGACUGCAACGACCCGCGGCAGUGUCCCGGGGAGAACUCCGUGUGCGUCAACAAACCCGGCGGGUUCGAAUGCAUCUGCAAGGCGGGAUACUCCACGCGCAACGGCCAGUGCGUCGACGUGAACGAGUGCGUGUCUGGUCCGUGUGAGCAUGAGUGUCACAACACCCACGGUAGCUACAAGUGCUCGUGUUAUGAUGGAUACCGAGUGGACCCGAAGUCAGCGAAUAAGUGCAAACUGUUCUGCGGGAAGGAGGAAUGCCCCGCGGAGUGUGACCCGAACAACAAGUUCCAGUGUUACUGUCCCGACGGCUACGUAGCCGAGGAGAGAGGGGACAGUACGGUGUGCAUAGACAUGGACGAAUGCAGUGACCUUUACUGCGAACAGAAAUGUAAGAACACAUUCGGGAGCUACGCGUGCUUCUGCUCUCUGGGGUAUAUGCUAGUCGACGGAUACAAGUGCGUAGAAAGCGACGACGACAGCUCUGAAGGGACAUCAGCACCGGACACUCCCACUACCGUAUCGGUACCACAUCCACAUCCAACCAGGCAGCCCUCGGGGGUGCCACCGGGGGGUCUGGUGGGAAUAAUAAUUUUCACUGCGGUUUUUAUCGUUCUCGUGGUCUUUCUGGCGGAUCGCGCCAUCAGACGCAGGGCGAAGAGGACGAACAGCAUUGCGCUCAAAGCUGAGGAGGAUCACGGCUUCCAUCAAGUGAAAGGUGAAAGCUGAGCCAAGCAGAGACGGUUUAAGCAUGACACGUGAAUGUACAGUGAGAGGUUUACCGGAACUUUGCAGAUCGCAUUACAGUGGAAGGGAAAGUGUCCACAGCACUGCAGAAACAUGUUACAAACAGUUUUCUCUGUGGAAGGACGUGCCUUCAUUUUAUUUACCAUUCAGGUACAGAUGCCAUGUGAUGACAAAGGACUUCAAAUUCUAAAAUAUUAAUAAAUGUUUUUGAAAAUGUAAAUGUCUGGGGCUUCUUUUUCCCUUUAACCUUUUUUCUGAAUCGAUAGAAAACAGCAUGUCACCCUUUGAAUGCACAGCACCCUGAACCCACCACUAAAGCGCUCACUUUGUUGGCAAAACCUUAAACACUUUUGCCUUGUUGGAAAUAGUUUGCAGAUCUUGUUUGAUCUUACUGUAAACAGAUUUUGCACAAAGCUGCCAUCAGGAAGCAGAAGUUAAACAUACAGCACAGACGUCAUUUACUAAAUAUAAUGACCGGAAAUACCUUCACUAUAAGCCAGCAUGAGCUCACGCUUGAUACCAAUAUCGAAUGGGAACAAUCUCAGAGGCAGAUAAAGAAGAGUGCCACAGAAGGAGGGGAGAGAGGAGAAGGGUCAUUUCAGUGGAAAUUUGACAAACUGUGAUAAAUUGUGUUCUUGAGAAUUGAAUGCAACCCCACAUGAAUUUUUCUAAGGAAGCGUACAAAUAAAAAGAAUUUCACCAUUCUUUCCUGAAA